AUGCCUGGUUUGAUGGAGCUGGACUCGGACCUGCUUCCGGAUGCUUGGAAGGAUGACGUGGCCGGCAUACCUGCAUCUUCGAGGCCUUCCCCUGGUCUGAAGAAGCAGAAGGUGAUGAUCAUUCUGACGUGUGUCAUCUGUGGCCGCAAGUCCCAGGACACUCCAUGGGGCUUGUACGACGAGCAAGGAAAACCCGUUGGGAUUCUUUGCAGACGGGACAAAAAGAUCAUCGUCCGCAUCUAUCCUGGGGAAGACGUGGCCAAGGUGUGUGACAAGCUGGAACAGGAUCCGGCAGUCAAGCAGAUCGUCCAGAAUGCCAUUAAAGUUGUGGAAGAAGAGACUCAGAUCCAGCUGAAUCCUCCGAGCCUUGUUCAACGCAGUCAGCAGCAGGGGUAUCAAGUGUACUACAAACUAGCCUUUUUGGAUCAGGAUGAAAUGACAAGUCUCUGCAAAGACAUGACCCCUUCCGCAUGCGGCUACAAGCCCGUGGAGCUCAAAGUUGAAAACGGCGGGACUCAGCUCGGGUACUUGAUGAGCCCAGUGGGCAUGCCGGAGCAGCUGUGGAGGUCAUGCCGGAGGGUCAAAGUCAUCGGCUCCAAGAUUCUAGAGCACAACGAGCUGUUUCUGCAACCGGAAAACCAGCUUGCUCAGAUACAAGGCACAAACACAUGGAAGUGGAUCACAAAGACAGAGCUGGAGAAGCGCGAAGCAGCUUUGAAGAGCAAGUCCGGCGGUCUCAGGUACACUGAUGUCGUGCAGAAAGCCCUGGAGGUGAAAGAACACAGGAAAGAGGAGCUGGGUGCGGGCAAGGCCAACGAUGAAGCCGCAGGACAUGCAGUGGUCGAGAGCGAGUCCGAGGAGGACGAAGCUGCGAAGCAGCUGAAGCAGCUGCAUGCGGAUGCACAAGCGUCGGGCUCAUUGGAGAUGAACCUUGGGACGCUUGAGGAGGAAGACAAGAAAAAACCGAAAGGAAGGGGAGCCAAAGCCAAAGCUGGCUCGAAAGCCCGCAAGGAGUCCCCAAGCCGACUCAGCCGAGGUGGCCGGUCCAGCACGACUGGGAAGGACAAGGAGAAGGAGCUUCAGUUGGACGAUGCGAACUUGAGCAAGCUGGCCGGCAACCUUGCUCGCAUCGCGCAGCGCAUCAACAAGAUUCCUGAGUGCUUCUUGAAAUUGAACCCGGAGUGCUUCACCGUCGCCAACGGCCGUUCGGUGGACGCG